AUACUAAUAAUACAUAAUUCAUGAGCUCAAUCAAAGCGCCGCGUUACACUCUGGAGUGCGCGCGUCCGCGGGACUGAUGAGUGCACGCUCGCGCGUCCGUGGAUCCGCUUGUCUCGGGUGACGCGACUGGAUGCUGUGACUGAUGUAUUAUAAAGAAAUACGUUGUUGUUGAUGAUGAUGAGAAUAGACGCGUAUUCCUGAUGGAGGAAUUAAGCGAUCCGAGGAGGAGAAGAAGAAGAAGAAGCGCGUUCAUGUGAGGAGCAAAAAUCAUCCAUCUGACAGCAACGCGACGACUUUGAUGUGACACAGAGAGGGCAAAUGGUGUACUUCCUGUCCACGGAGGGCGUAAAGUCCUUGUUCCUCUUUAACCACUCAGACAGGAACGGUUCCUCCACGCCGACGCAUGUUUUCUGCCAUCUGGACGCCUCCUCCUUGCUGCAGAACAACGUCUCGGUGACGUCGUACGACCUGUCGCCAGCAGAGGUCACGCUCCUCGGCCUUGUGUUCGGGGUAUUCUGGGUAAUUUCGGUGGUGGGGAAUUCGUUGGUGUGUCUGGUGAUCCAUCGGAGCCGGAGAACCCAGUCGACCACUAACUAUUUUGUGGUGUCGAUGGCGUGUGCGGAUUUGCUGUUGAGCCUAGCAUGUGCACCGCUAGUUCUCCUGCAGGUUUCUACCGGUCACUGGCCUCUGACCGUGGCCGCAUGCAAAUCUGUGCGCUACCUGCAGCACUUGUGCCCCGGAGUCCAGGUCUACGUGCUUCUGUCCAUCUGCGUGGAUCGCUUCUACACCAUUGUGUAUCCGUUGAGUUUUAAAGUGUCGCGCGAGAAAGCCAAACGAAUGAUUCUGGCGUCUUGGCUCUUUGAUGCCGCGUUCGUCUCGCCGUGUUUGUUCUUCUACGGAUCAUCGGCGUCGCAAAACCACUGUGACUUCUUCCUGGCGGACAGCUGGGACAGGUUGGCGUACGCCGUCGCGCAUCUUCUUCUUGGUUUCUUGGUGCCGGCGCUGCUAAUCGUGUCCUUCUACCAGCGUGUAGUGCGCUACAUCUGGAGGAUUAGCGCUGAUGGACGAACGGUGCGCAGGACCAUGAACAUCGUCCCCAGGACUAAAGUAAAAACCAUUAAGAUGUUCCUGAUGCUCAACACUGUGUUUCUCUUCACCUGGACGCCGUUUUACUUCGCACAGAUUUGGCACCCGAAGGAAACGGCGGGCCCGAGCAGACAGUCGGCGUUGUUCUUCAUCACUGUGGCCUGGAUCUCCUUCAGCUCCACGGCGUCCAAACCCACACUGUACUCUGUGUAUAACGCCAACUUCAGACGCGGCAUGCGCGAGAUGUUCUGCAUGUCGUCUAUGAAGUGUUAUCGUAGUAACGUAUACACCAUCACCGCCAGCUCGCGGAUCGCCAAAAAGAACUACGUGGGCGUCGUCGAACUGCCCGCGCCGGCAAAGACACUCAUCAAAGACUCAGUUCAUGACACUUUUGACCGGGAAGCAAAGGAGAAGAAGUUAGCAUGGCCGAUUAGCACCAACCCACAUAACACAUUCGUAUAAAGUCGUUAAAGAGAAUUUAAACAAAUUCGUUCAUAAUUUUCUCACCUUUUACGUGGUUCCAAACCUGAAUGAGAUUCUUUCUUAGGGGCCGUUCACACAAAACGUGUUUUUCCAUUCCAAUGCGUUACUUUUCUAGUGUUUUUCAAAAUAAACGUACUAGAUGCGCUCAUGUCUUGUGUCUUUCGUAGCAAUGUACCACAAUUUUACGAUGCCGCGUCAAAUUAAAAUAAUUUCCAAUCAGAAAACCCUGGAGGCAGGGCAAGCGUUGCCAGCUUUUGUUUUCAGUAGCUUCAGUAGCAAGUUUAAUUUAACGGUAACGGUACCUUUAGAAGAUAUUUUGAAGAAUGCUGGUAGCUAAACAUUUGAUGGUCCCCAUUCACUUCAAUAGUAAUUUUUAACUCGGUGGGUACCAGCUGUUUUGUUAGCAACAUUCCUCAGAAACAUCUUCUUAUGUGUUCAACUUUAACACAACUUUGGACCAACUUGAGUUAAUGAGUAAAUGAUGUCAAAAUGUACAUUUUUGCGUGAACUAUUCCUUUAACUCAUUAUAAUGAUACGCGGAUGAGUAAGUGAUGAUAACUUUUGAGUGGCCUGUUGAUUAAACUGCCGUCACACAUCAAAACGAUUAAACUAACUUUGUUGAAAUGCAAAAAACGUGGUGCUAACUAGUUCAGCUACACACUGAUGAAAUGGACGACAUUUACUAAACACCUUAAUGGUCACUGCUGUGAUCCUACGGUGGCCUGGAGGCGGCGAACAGGGUUUAUGUUAAUCUUCAAAAGAGAUUCGUUUGUGUUGUUUCGUGCAAUAAACAUUUCACUGUCUGAAAUGUAUCAAUGUAUCAUUAAUGUAGCAUUGAGACACUGAUGCAGUGCUACAUUUCUCCAAACUCGUCUACAUCUGUGAUGAUUUGAGGAUGAGCAUAUUCGGGUGAACUAUUGCUUUAAAGCUGCACAUGCAAACUAAUCAAAAUAUUGUAUUCCCACAAACUUUGAUAAUGAAUGAAAGUGUUUGUGCUGCUCUGGAUUCUUAACCAAAAAUUGAGGCAAGAGAGACAAGAAGAGUCAGACGCACUGAGGUGGAGCAAAGGUGUAUGUUUUAAUAAGACGUUUAUCAUUAAUAAGCAUCACCCUGCUACAAAUUACAAUCUACAUAUUAUACACGCCAUAUAAAAAUAUAUUUGAGCUCUAAACAUAGAUAAUGCCAGCCAGAAGGAAACAAGCUGAAGGCCAAUAAGAGUGUCUUCUUCUACAUCUGCGUUUAAACCGAUCACGGUCAUGAAAUAGUUCUACAUUCAUUCAGAUCGUAACUCAUCUGUGCUGAAAUAUUAGUUUGUUUUUUGCAAACCUGCCAAUUAAAGCAGAAAGAUCAAAUAAAAGUACAAAAAUUAGAGCUUUGAAGGAAAGUGCUUUAAGAUUCAGUUUAGUGGAAUAAAUACACCAUCAACAAAAAACACAUAAAACUAUAUGUACAAGAGAAGAGGGAAGUGCUAUGCGUUGCAAUCUUUCAAAUGUCGUAAAGUGCAAAGAGACGAGGGAGAGAUUUUGGCAACAGUUGAGUCUUAUAACAUCUGUGUCUGAAGGUUUAAUGGAUUAAACUCAUUCUAAGAAGCAUCGGAGUGACGAAGCUGGUUUCUACAAUGGGAUACAGGAAUAAAAAAAGGUAACUGUGACUCAGUUGUUCUCAGUCCUGAGAAAAACUGGGAAUUUAAAAGAUUUUAAAAUGUUGCGAUUCUGUUUCCACCCAAAAAUAAUUAAAUAAAAAGCUAAUUGCAACUUUUUCCCUCACAAUUGCAUGUUAAUAUCUCACAAUUUUAACUUGUCUUGUCAAAAUUGCGAGUAGUUAGAAACUUGAAAUCAUCAUUAUCCCCCCCCCCCCCC